CUCGCACUCGAGCUCAAAGCGCUGAUGGAUGGCACAUACGUGGCGCCUCUGAAAAAUGCCUCGUGCGACGACUUGGAUGCGGACACUGGCGUCGGCAUGGCGUACGAAGCCUACAUUGGUAACGACGGCGACUGGGAGGGGAACGCCAAAGCCAACUGGACGAGUGCGCUCCGCUCCGUGCAGAACGCGACCCGCUUGCUGUUUGAUCCGGAGAUGAACAACAUCAUGGCCGUCAAGUUUUGGAAGACGCGGGCCGUCGAGCGCUAUAAUGGCCCGUGGGGAAAAGCGUAUGCCAACAAGGUCGUCAUCCUCAACAACGAGCUCGACCCUGUGUGCCCGCUCCACUCUGCCCAGCACGUUCGCGACCUCAUGGGUCCAAUGCACUCGGUGCUCAUCACGCGCGACGGGUACGGCCACGGCGCGGCCGUGAGCCAGCCAAGCGCGUGUUUGCAGCGCAUUCUCGUCGACCUCUACUCGAACGGUUCCUACCCCAUCAACGACGCGCGUUGUGGCGUGGACCACGGACCGUUUGACGCACCGACGCUCCCAACGACGUUGCUCGAUGCCAUGACGCGCCUCGCAACCAUGCGGAUCAAAAAGUAA